AGAGGCAAGUUUGCAGUGGUCAAGCAGUGCAAACACAAGAAGACCAACAUGGAGUAUGCUGCUAAGUUCAUCAGGAAGAGGAGAAAAGGUGAAGAUUGUCGGAAAGAGAUCCUUCAUGAAAUUCGAAUGCUCCAUCUCACGCUACCUCACUCCAAUUUCGUUCACCUGAAUGAGGUGUACGAAACCAAGAACGAAAUGAUACUCGUCACUGAACUAGUUAGAGGUGGAGAACUGUACCAGCACAUAGCAGCAGACACCAAGAUUGAUGAAGAAGUUACAGUGAAGAUUAUGAGGCAGGUCUUACUAGGAGUGCAGUUUCUACAUUCACACAACAUAGCACACCUCGAUAUCAAGCCGCAGAACAUCCUGCUAACGACCAACCACCUCUGCAAUAGCGACAUCAAAUUGUGUGACCUUGGCCUUGCCAGAAACUUUAACGGCCACGAAGAUCUCUUUGAAAUCAUCGGAACACCUGAUUACGUUGCCCCAGAGAUAUUGGACUACCAAAAGUUGAACGCCACAUGUGAUAUGUGGAGCGUUGGAGUGCUAUCUUACGUAAUGCUCUCCGGAUGUUCCCCGUUUGCUGGGAAUACGAACCAGGAAACAUUCCUGAACAUAUCACAAGUCAAUCUCGAGUUUCCGGAUUAUCUAUUUUCCGGCAUAUCAUCGUCGGCAGUUGAUUUCAUAAAGAGACUUCUUGUCAAAGAACCAGAAGACAGGAUGACCGUUGAACAGUGCCUAGAACACUCCUGGCUCAGGCAAUUCUCCAUCUCAUCGCCCACCGAACACGAACCGGUAAAAAAAUCUAGAUUAGGACUGGAAGGAGGGAGAGGAUUAGACGAGGUCGGCAGUAGCUGCAGCAGCAGUAAUGGCGUCAGCAACUUCAACAAUAUCCCAGGCACAAACGAACUAAAUUUUUCCAAUGUAAUGAAAUUUCAAUUGGGCGAAUCACUCGCGAAUGAUGGCGCUCACAACAACAACAACAAUGAAAAUAAUAAUAUCAAUAACUGUAACAAUAGUAAUAAUAAUAAAAUCGGUAAUGACGUCAUACAUACUUACGUCCAGAUUAAGCGCUCCAAUUCGUUGAACACUUUAAAGACGUUCUCAACCACUUCAAGCACUGCUAGCAAUCGCGUUGAUAGUUGCAGUAGCAGCUACAGUAGUAACAAUACUUGUUGUUCUACUACUAGCAAUAAUAGUAGUAGCAGCUGUGGUAGUAGUAGUAGUAGUGGUAGUAGUACUACAUGCGAAAGUAAAUCAUCACUUGUUAAGAACUCACAGAGUUGCAGCUGCAAAGAGAAUUUAUCUACAAAUAACAAUUUGCUUUUUUGGUCACUGCCUAGUAGUAAUAUUACUCACAGUUCUAUGAAUACUGCCAUUACUUUAAACACUAACUUCAAUAAUAUAGUACCAAACACUAUUCAUGAAUUAGCAAAUAGAGUAAAUAUUCAUUCAAACAGUAGUAGUAGUAGUAGUAGUAGUAGUAGUAGUAGUAGUAGUAGUAGUAGUAGUAGUAGUAGUAGUAGUAGUAGUAGUAGUAGUAGUAACAUUAAGAGCAGUGGUAGUAGUAGUAAUAUUAGUGGUAGUAUUAGUAAUGUUACUAAAGUUAAUAGUAAUUUGUUUGUACCUAAGCCUUUUGAGCCUUUGGGAAUUCCUGCCUGAGUUAUUUUUAGAAAUUUCGAACCUUUAUUCAAAUUCAAUGCUAUUAUAUUUUAAAUGGAAAAAUAAUUCUUUUUUGUUUUUAUUUUUUCUUUGUUUUAAUUUUUUGUUUGUUUGUUUGUUUUUGUAUGGAAUCUUUCAUUUUAGUUUUAUUUUUAUAAAUUUUUCAAUUUAUAUUUUCAUACUUUUUUUUCAUCUCCUUACAUUUAAAAGAUUGUUUUGUAUUGAAUGUGUAU